AUGGAGCUACAUUCCUCAGUCACGUCUGAGGGAACCAACACCACCAAAUAUCCCUUCUACUUCAUCCUCACUGGCAUCCCUGGAUAUGAGGACUACCACAUCUGGAUCUCCACCCCCUUCAGUUGUCUCUACACCACCUCCAUCAUAGGCAACAUCACAAUUCUCACUGUCAUCAGCAAACAGCCAUCCCUCCACCAACCCAUGUACCUGUUUCUCUCUAUGCUGGCUCUGACUGACCUCGGUCUAACCUUCACCACCUUGCCCACACUCAUGCCUCUUCUCUGGCUCAAUGUUCAUAAGAUCAGCUUUGAAGCCUGUUUUGCCCAGUUUUUCUUUCUCCAUGGAUUCUCUUUUAUGGAAUCUUCCGUGCUGUUGGCCAUGUCCUUUGACCGCUAUGUCGCCAUCUGCCGCCCCCUCCAUUAUGCCACCAUCCUCACCAAUGAAGUCAUUGGCAGGAUUGGGAUAGCUAUCAUUUGCCGCUCUGUACUGGCUGUUCUUCCCUCCCUUUUCCUGCUCAAGCGCCUGCCCUUCUGCCACUCUCACCUUCUCUCUCACUCCUAUUGCCUCCACCAGGAUAUGAUUCGCUUGAUCUGUGGUGACAUCCGGUUCAACAGCUGGUAUGGAUUUGUUCUGGUUUUGCUUAUCAUUGUGUUGGACCCUCUCCUCAUUGUGCUGUCCUACUCACUCAUCCUGAAAAGUAUCCUGAGCACAGCCUCCUGGACCGAGAGGCUCCGGGCCCUCAACAACUGCCUCUCUCACAUUCUGGCUGUUCUGGUUCUCUAUGUUCCCAUGGUAGGCUUAUCUAUGACCCAUCGCUUUGCCAGGAAUGCCUCUCCACUAGUCCAUGUUACCAUGGCCAAUAUCUACCUGUUGGCACCUCCUGUGAUGAACCCCAUCAUUUAUAGUGUCAAGACUAAGCAGAUCCGCCAGGGAAUUGUUCGCCUUUUUUCCCAAAGAAACACUCAUUAA